GAUAUAAAGGCGAGAGAACUCCCUCAUUCUGAAAGAGUGCGAGUUACCACUCCUCAGAGGACUCCUGAAGACUGCCUUUGGCCAGUAGACUAAACCCACAGAUUUACAGUGAGAAGACAUGGCUCCAAUGGAAAUAACAAACCAGAAUGUGGUCAUUCGAGUGGCCAAGCUGCCCCUGGUGAGCUCCACCUACGGCAUGGUCUCAAGCAUGUACUGCAACACCAAAGACAACCAUCCAUACAUCAAGUCUGUGUGCGAGGCUGCAGAGAUGAGUGUGAAAACUCUCACUUCAGCUGCCCUGACCAGUGCCUUACCAAUUAUUGGCAAGCUGGAACCUCACAUCUCCCUGGCUAAUGACCUGGCCUGUAAGGGUCUUGACAAGAUAGAGAAGACGCUUCCAAUUCUUCACCAACCUUCUGAGCAGCUCGUCGCUAAUGCUAAAGAAGUAGUGACUGGUGCCAAGGAAAAAGUGACUGGUGCCAAAGAAGCAGUUACUGGAACUGUGAAUGGGGCCAAAGACACUAUGUCCAAUACCCUCAGUGGAGUGAUGAGCAGAACAAAAGGAGCCGUGCAGGAUAGUGUGGAGAAGACCAAGGUGGUAGUAAGUGGCAGCGUCAAUACAGUCAUGGAGAGCAGAGUGGGCAAGUUGGUCACAAGUGGCGUGGACACUGCUCUAAACACUUCAGAAACCCUGGUGGAGCGCUACUUGCCUGAACCUGAGGACGGGCAAGAACGUGAGACCAAUUUGCCCAAAGGAUCUGAUAGUGAUUCAGAUGAAUCCAGCUACUAUGGGCGACUGGGUUCUCUCUCUACUAAGCUGCGCAAGAGGGCAUACCAGAAAGCCGUUGUUAAGGUCCGGGAUGCAAAGAAACACAGUCAAGACUCCAUCUCCCAGAUAAACCAUGCCAUGGACCUGAUUGAAUUCACAAGAAAGAACAUUGACGGUGCCAACCAGAAGGUGCAUGACAAACUGAACACGCUAAUGGAUUGGAGGUCUAGAUCCCAAAGCAACAUGGAGAGCGAGAGUGACACAGAUAGUGAGGCAGAGAAUAUUGAAUCCCGUACCUUGACCAUCACUCGCAACCUGACCCAGCAGUUACAGACCACUUGUUUGGCGUUGGUGUCCAGCCUUCAAGGAUUUCCACAGAAUGUCCAAGAGCAAGCGCUCUCCAUUGGCUCCAUGGCCAUGGAGGUCUACACCAGAUUCAGCAAGGCAGCAGCUCUGGGAGACCUGCCUGAUACAGUCCUCAUCUCCACUCGAGCUCAGCUGAACCGUAUGAAAGAUUCCAUUGACAGCAUCCUGGAUUAUUUGGUCAACAACACACCACUUAAUUGGCUGGUAGGUCCAUUUUACCCCCGUGUGGAGCCAGCUCCAAGUGCAAGCAGCCCCCUGUCUCACAAAGCAAAGAGUGGCAAGUCUGAAUAAAUGUAAGAGCCUGACACUGAGCCUUUCAUCAUGCUUUCUGACUUUCAUCUAACCUUGUGUUAUUUUUGAUGAUGAUUGCGACGUACAUUCCUUAACAUAACAUUCUGCUAAUGUUUGUCUUCCAUCCUUUACAUAACUAAUAGGUUUACAACUUUUAAGUGGUGUUAACAAUGAACCUCUCAGCUAAGUACUACAAAAUAACAAUGUAACAGCUUAUUUUUGUGUGUGGUUUUGUAAUCACAAUUGGCUAAUCACAAUGUGCCUUCUUAUGUAACAUAUUGCUUUGUAAUGGUCUUUCUACAUUUCUAAUAAACUCAUUAAAGUGA